UUAAUGAAAAGAUAAUUAAAGUUAAUAUUCAUUUGCUGAACUCGGUUUAAAAAACCAGCAGUUUAGUGCAGGUUGUGUUUGUACUUUAACCGAUUGAAGCGUCGUGGUGACGAGUAAACAAGUCGAAAUAGUAAUAGAACAGGUGGAGUAUUGAUCGUUAAAUGUGAGCCGAGUUAUUAACUAGGUUCUUCUGGUUCUCACACUUCUCUGCUCUUCCUCUGUAAAGAGAGAGAGAGAAACAUGCCGUCGAACAAGUCUGUGUCGGACGCCCCCAUCACCCAGUUCAUCAACUGCAGAAUCCUGAGAGACCACAAGCUGCAGAGGGAGGACCUGUGGGUGCGUGAAGGGAGGAUUUUAGAUCCAGAGAAGUUGUUCUUUGAUGAGCAGGGUUACGCUGACGAGUGUGUGGACUGUGAAGGCAGCAUCAUCACCCCGGGCUUCAUAGACGUCCAGAUCAACGGAGGAUACGGCGUCGACUUCUCUCAGGCCUCUGAUGAUGUUGGCGGCGGCGUUUCUAUCGUGGCUAAAAAGAUCCUGGAGCACGGCGUGACGUCCUUCUGUCCGACGCUGGUCACCUCCCCUCCCACCGUCUACCACAAGGUUUUACCUCAGGUCAAAGUUCACAACGGAGGACGACAUGGAGCUGGAGUUCUCGGUUUUCACCUGGAGGGCCCGUUCAUCAGCGUGGAGAAGAAAGGAGCGCACCCGGAGCAGUUCCUCCGCAGCUUUCAGUCCGGAGGGAUCGUCGACCUGAUGGAGACCUAUGGUGGCCUGGACGACGUUGCCAUGGUAACACUGGCUCCUGAGCUGGCCGGCAGCGAAUCGGUGGUGAGGGCGCUCUGCCAGAGGGGCAUCACCGUGUCGUUAGGUCACUCGGUGGCCAACCUGUCUCAGGCCGAGGACGCCGUUAGCAGCGGAGCCUCGUUCAUUACUCAUCUCUUCAACGCCAUGUUGCCUUUCCACCAUCGGGACCCAGGGAUCGUGGGUCUGCUGACCAGCGACCGGGUGCCUGCGAGCAGGACGGUGUUUUACGGCAUGAUCGCUGACGGGAUCCACACCAACCCUGCUGCUCUGCGUAUCGCCCACAGAGCCCACCCCUCAGGUCUGGUGCUGGUGACGGAUGCGAUCGCAGCGAUGGGUCUUCCCCCCGGGCGUCACAUGCUGGGCCAGCAGGUCAUCGAGAUCCAGGGUCUUCACGCUUACGUGGCAGGCACGAAGACGCUCAGCGGCAGCAUCGCCACCAUGGACAUGUGUGUGCGACACUUCAAACAGGCCUCAGGCUGCAGUGUAGAAGAAGCCCUGGAAGCUGCUUCUCUUCAUCCAGCUCAGCUUCUGGGCCUCAGCCAUAAGAAAGGAAACCUGGACUACGGCUCGGACGCAGACCUCACUCUGCUCGACGAUGACCUCAACGUUAAAGCCACAUACAUUUCUGGAGAUGAGGUUUGGAGAAAAGAUCCGUAGAAGAAGUGUCUGAUGGAACCUGGCCCGACAGCUGGUGCCUUCAGGGGGCGCUGUUUCCCACAGUCCACAAAUCUGAGCCAUGACUUGACUCAUCAGAUCCGAACUCAGAGUUUAUCUUUGGUUCGCUCUGCAUCCUCACUUUAAAAGACUGGAGGUAUUUCUAACCACGCCGACCAUGUGACUCUGCUGUCGCGAUGUCGUUUCAACACUUUGGUCACGUGUGGAAAUUCAAGUUUCCCCCGGAGGACGAAUAUGAAACAUACAAAAACUUCCAUUUGUCACACGAUCGAUUUCCUGCCUCAGCUCGAGUUUUGAAUACUUUCUGUUUGAGCUCCUAAUAGACAGGCUCGGUGCAGGUAUAGCGCCACCCUCUGGACAAUCUCCUAACUUUUCUCUCAAUCUGUUCCGAGUCUGACUUCGAGUUUUUAGUAGAUCUGAGGAGAUGAGAUAUUAAGGUUUUUAUAAAUGAUGAUAUUCUGAUUCUGAUUUAUUUUCAUUCCUCCUGAUACUUUCAUCAUAUUAUUUGAAUCACGUUGCACAGAAACCAGAUAAAUCAACACUGACUGACAUGAAGCAAUACGAUUUUCACGAUGAUGUUUAGAUGCAGAAGACGACUCACAGCUCGCUGCAGGAAACACACAGCGUCAUAUCUGUGUCGUAUUUAAAGGAGAAUCUGUGACCAGGGGCCCCACGUAGACGAGAGGGCCCCUGGUUUCAUCUUUAAAAACGUGCUGUGAUUUUUAAACAUUUCGUAUUUUCUAUGUAAAAUGUUAUUCCUGACGUUUAUAAAUAAAAUGUGUCUGGAUUUGA